AUGCCCUCUGGUGCUCCCUUGGACCUUUCCGGGGAAGACGAAGACCCGGACUAUGCUGCUUCUGAGCGCAUCUUUGGAGCCAUUGUUCGUGUGGAUGAAGAUGAAUCCUCAGAACAGCUUGGUGUCGAGAGACUGGAGCACAUGGGCGCCUUCACUCUUGCACAAGUCAACGGUGGGCAAAUCCUACCUGGUCAUAUCAAAGCAGUGAGGGCAUAUCAUGAGGAUGCAUUCCUCCGUGAAUAUGAGGAUAAGAUGUCAGAGCAAGGGUUCAGAGAGUACUGGGAGGGCAUGAAGGCCGAUGGUUUCAUCAAUCCAGAUUUACCGUCACCUUACGACCUCGAGGAGAAAGGCGACGGGCUCUGGACGUGUUCACAAAAGGUCAGAACCGUUAUGCAAAUGAGGCGACUUUUGGACGAGGAGAGAAAACAGCGGCAAUAG